AUGUUCCAGACGUACGCUUCAAUGAAACAAUUCAAGUGCGAAGUGUGUCAUAGAACCUUUUCGGAGAUGUACAGAUUAAAACUACACGCCGUUACUCACUCAAACGAAAGACCAUUUAAAUGUGAAAUUUGUGGAAAACCAUUCAAAACCAAAAUCUGCUUGAGACAACACAGAGAAGUCCACGAAAAUGUGUCUUUCGAGUGUUCGGUCUGUAAAAUAAAUAUUCGCCAAAGAAAAAAUCUGUGGAAACAUAUGAAGAAUGUCCAUGAUCUUGUAGGCAAUCAACUGGACACAGCUAUGGAAAAAUCAAUAAAUAAGAAAGCUGCUAAAGUGGAGAAUGGUGAAACAGAAAAGGAACCAAGACCACAACUCCAUAACUUUUUUCCUAUGUCGGCUUCGGAUUCAGAAGAACCAUUGUCAAAAAUCGCAAAAAUUGAAAAUUCAACCGAUCAUUCAUUGAAAACUAGUUGCUAUUCAAACCGUCUGGAUGCGCUGAAACAGGAAUUAAUUAAAUACGAAAAUCAGUUGAAACUGAUUCAAGAGACACCAGAAUCAACGCCUCUGGAGGAUCAGAAUCGGUCUCCGUCAGCAGAAGUAUCCACGUCGAAGGAUGUUAUGGGAAAUCAUGAGCCUCAGCUGUCCGCUAGCCAAGAAUUCCAAGCUGCGCACUUCCAGAAUACAAAUGACGUUUUCCCGAAGGAGUCGGUGCUAGUAGUUCAACAAAAAACUAAUCAAUCUCUGUCAGCAAUGCAUCCUAUUCACAAAGCAAGAUCCAUGUCUCAGAAUGCUGUGGGAAGUCAUGAGUCGCUGCUUCCACAACAGAGAUUUUUUGAAGCUAGUCCAGCAACGCACUUUCAGAAUUCAAACGGCACUUUGCCGAUGCCGACGAUGCCAGUAGUUCAACAACAAACUCCACCAAACUUCGAUGAGGACUCCCGUCAGAUCUCCCAUCAAAUUAUGCGAGUCGCUGCCAACUCAACGAAAGAUCGUCAAGACUGUUUCAGACAACUGUUGUUUGCAACGGUGUUUGCAUUUGAGAGCUCUCCGACCUGCACCAACGUUGAAGAAUUCUUCCGGAUGAUGGGCGAACGAUACGCGAAGAAGUGA